CACAGCCCCUGCAGAGGUGCACGUCUAUAAAAGCCAGAAAAAACCGAAAAACUCCUCUCACGAGAGCAGAAGGCAGCGCUUGUCAUUUCCAUGGAAAUCUUCACAGAAAACCCUAGAUCUUUCAAGAUGGAUCGGAAAUCGCCGCAGGCUUCCAAGCUCAAAUCCUCCGUCUCUGAGAAGCUCUUCGAAUUCCUCGGAAACUACUCCGAUGACGUCCUCGCUGAAUAUAUUGUGGUGCUUGUUUGUAAUGGCAAGCAUCAAUAUCAAGCAAGGGUUGAUUUAGAGGCAUUCCUUGGUGAUGAAAGUGGAAAUUUUGUAGCUUGGCUGUGGAGUCAUCUCUCAGAAACUGUAAAUAUUUCAAAAACACCAUCUGGUAUGACAAACCCUAAAGUGGCCACUGUUACAAAUGGGUGUGUUGAUGAUCUGGACAGGGAGCAGAAAUUUAGCAUGACUGGGAUUUCUAAUAACCCAUUGUCUGAGGAUGAGAAGCAGCACAUGCUGUCAGCCUUUUCGCCUAAGCUGAUUUCCACAAAUAUCGACAAUGUCUCAGAAGAAUGUCAACGUUGGUGCCCUGGCUUCGAUGCCUCUGUAACUGACAUAAAUACUGAGGAAGUACAUGCAAGUUUUUUAAGAAGUGAGAUACCCCAAAAAAGAACUGGUAACCACAAAGGAGCCAUGAAGCAUGGGUCUUCCAGAGAGAGAUGCUCCAAUGGAAUCUCAGCUGGUGGUGAGCAAUGCCUGCGUUAUGAGGAUCAAUACAAGAAGAUAGUCAACGGUAAUCACAAUGGGUCGCCUCAUCUGCUUUUGCAUUCACCAAAGAGAGAAUCAGUUUCGAGGAAUAUGGAAUCAGGUGUUACAGAAAAUCCUCAUUCAAAGCUUAUUUCUAUGACAAAUGCUGCUGCAACGGGGCUUUCUUCAAGAGCUGCAGAUGCUGCUUCCCACCAUGAUGUUAAGCGACGUGGUAAUGUUUGGGAUAGAUUAGGAAAGCCACGCGAAAAUGAUGGUGCGAUGAUGUGUGACAGAAAUUAUCCAGAUGACAUAGAUAUCAUUAAGAGGAAAAAACUGGAGCACGGCAGGGAAGGUCUUGAAAAACAUAGGUUGAUGUUGGUUGUGCCUGAUGUUGGACUCAACAAAAAGCUAGUGCGGGAAAUUGCUGUGUUAGAUAACAGUUCUGGAAAGCUUAUCUCGAACACUAAGACCAGUGAAUGCACAAGAUUGGAGCACAGUGUCAAUACAAUGCACGGACUUAAUGAUGCAGGCAUUUCCAGAUGGAAGCUGCAGCUUGGUGGCAUGGAUUCUAGUGAUGGUUUGGUACCCUUGUCAGACAGCAGGGACGGGCAGCUCCAAGCAAAAGUUCCUUUCCAAGGGUUGCAAAGAUUACAAUCUGUUAAGCGUGGUCUGUCACAGCACUCGAGUGGUGUUACUUCUGACACUAGAAGCUCAGACGGCCUGUUUUCUGGUGCCCCAUAUCAUUCACUAAAAUAUCCCAAUGCAGCAUUGAAUCUUGAGCCCUAUAAAAAAACUAAAACUCACGCUCAGUUGAAUAGGGAGGCUCCGCUGGCUACCACUCAGCCUCCGGUUUCAGUUUGUAGUUCAUUGUUGGCCAAAUCAGAAUCUCUCAGUCAUGCAGGAACUCAACUGACCAGUCAUCAGCCUGUGCAAGCUGAAGUUCUUGACAUGAAAUUGAAAUUGCAGCAAAUUGAAAUGGAAAUGAACAAGCUUCGCUCAAAGCAGGCAGAGAUGAACAAUGAUGGUAAAUCGAAUGCACCAUUAGGUGCACAGAACCAUUCCGAGGACGAUAUCGAAUCAAGAACUGUUUUUGUGACAAAUGUGCAUUUCGCUGCAACAAAAGAAGCUCUGUCAUCACAUUUUUCCAAAUGCGGGGCAAUUGUCAAAACUACGUUGCUGACCGACACAGUAACAGCCCAACCAAAAGGGUCGGCAUUCGUUGUUUUUGCUAGUAAGGCGUCAGCUGACAAGGCAGUUGUGAUGAGUGGGACCUCAUUCUUCUCCAGAACUCUAAAGGUUGUGAGAAAAGCAGAUGUGCCAGUCGGGAUCUCAAUGCCAGCUCAGCCAACUGGAAAGCCUUCUCAGCUGUGGAGACCGACUCCCCCCCUCAGAAAGGGUCCCUUGCAGAGACCGUAUUCCAGUUCUCAUCUGCAAUGGCGGCGGGACCCACAAACUAAUGCUGAGAACAGACCAUCUACCCAAGCAAGCAUGCCUGACUUUUUUAAAAAUGCGGAGCAGGGUGGUGGUGAGACAGGCUGCAAUCCUGCUACCUGUGGUUCACAGGUGGAUGCAAGGACCAAAACAGGAUCUUCAACUGAAAACCCAAGCGCCUAACUUUUUGAGAUUGCAAGGUGGUAACAUAUGAAGCAGUGGGUGCUGUUAAGAGAUGUAAUGGGGGGGCUGAGUCUCCAAACUUGAGAAACUGCAUUACUUACCCCUAGCCCUAGCCCUUUACCGAGUGGAUGAUGCUAUCCUUAUGCACACCUGUUUUUUUUUUUCUUCUUCCGUCCAUGCUUGUAAUGAAUAGUGCAUCAGGUGAAAUCACAAUAUUUCCAUAGCAAUAUUACUGAAUGUAUGUGCA